UUGGUUGUACAUAUGGUGGAACUCCUAAAAUUAUAUUUUCUGAUUAUUAAUUAUAAACAUCAUUUUUCAUGACUAUGAAGAAAGCCGUACGUGAGUUCUAAAGCACGUUACCUCUGCCCAUCUGUAAAAGAGAGUGAGAACAUUGUGCCGUCAUUAUGAUUUUAUCUGUCUCCCUGUUUCAUGCAUGGAGACUGGGAUGGGGGCAGAAGUGCCUGGAGGGGGGCAGUGCCAGCUGUUGGAGUCUGAUUUCAACAGACUGCCUUGUGUGUCACACUAAGGCAUUUGCGUCACUCCCAGAAUCAAACUUUCCAACAGAAGGUUUUAGGCAAGGAAGUGAGAUAACUGAAUUUGUGGGGGUUUUUUGGGUUUUUUUUGCGGUACGCGGGCCUCUCACUGUUGUGGCCUCUCCCGUUGCGGAGCACAGGCUCCGGACGUGCAGGAUCAGCGGCCAUGGCUCACGGGCCCAGCCGCUCCGCGGCAUGUGGGAUCUUCCCGGACCGGGGCACGAACCCGUGUCCCCUGCAUCGGCAGGCGGACUCUCAACCACUGCGCCACCAGGGAAGCCCCUGAAUUUGUUUUUAAAAACAUCAUUCUUGCAGCAUUAUGGAGGAUGACUUGGGCUUGGGAAAGGCUGGUGGCCUGGAAACCAGAGUAUCACUGCAAUAUUUCAGGUGAGAUAAUAAAAGUCUGACCUCAGGCAAUGACAGUAGGGAGGCAGCAGUGCUCAUGUGACAAGCAUGACUCAGGUACAAUCGACAGUCCUGGGUGACUAGUUCAAUGCUGGAGGAGGGGAAGAGGUGGAGUGGAAUUUGUCACCAGAAAGAGUGACCUCAGGUGAAACAGGUUGUAUUGGGAACGGGGGAGGGCAGAAUGGGGCAGGGAAAUAAGUUUGGUGUUGGUUUGGUUCAGGUGGAGAGCCAGAAUGAUAGCCAUAGAAAUGCCAAAACAUGAUAUAACAACUAAUGGAACUCCAAGGGCAGAACCCUUUAAUAAAAUGGAAAAUAGGGAUUUAUGAGAGGUUUAUAUGAUUUAUGUGGAGCUGAGCACUUGGAAAUUACUGUAAAUGGUAUUUGAAGCCAGAGAAAAUGUGAAAUAAGUUUAGGUAGAGUCCCAUCUUUAGUUAAAAAAAAAAAAAAAUUAGGAUAACCAGUUAAAUUUGAACUUCAGAUAAAAAAUGAGUAAUUUUUACUAUAUUCCAUGCAAUGUUUAAGACGUACUUAACCUAAAAACUAGUUAUUAUUUGAGAUCCAAAUUUAACUGGGCGCCAUCUGACAGCCAUAACAGAUAUGGCAAACAGAAAGGCCUACAGGGACCAGGAAAGCCGUUUCACACAGUAAGGUGCGUGAGAAAUAUAGUGGAGGGUGUGCAGGCUGCGCAGCCUGGAACAUCUGUGUCCCAUCCCCAAGAGCAGCUGCUACCCAGCUCCAGCUGCUUGGGUGUGCAGAGAGGGUCUCCAGACGGUCCAGUAGUCUAGUGGUUCAAGACAUAAUAUAAAGAUAAUAUAAAUUUAAAAAUAUAUGGAAUAUCCCAAUUUUUAAAGGGGACAAUCAGUUGAAAGAAAGAACACUGUGAGGUACAAGCAAAGCAGGUCUGUGGGCUCCAUAAGGCAUAUGGGCGACGGGUUUGUAACCUCUGAUCUGACCGCUACAAAGUGGGUGGAGCAGGUUUGUAACCUGUAAAUUAUAUUGCUUUGCUAUGUCGGGGUGAAUAGUAUUUGGGUGUGGGGAAGGGAUGGCAGCAGGGGGACGAUUCCCUCCUGCAAAAGGUGAGACAUAGAAGCGGCUUCUCUGGCCACGACUCCGUGCUCUUGCCCCUCAGUGCCUGAGUGUGCCCCACUGGCCACUCUCCCCAUAGCUGGGCAAUGGCCGAAGUCCACAGGGCUGUGCUGCUGCUACCUGCUCCCGCGGGGCCUGAGGAGACGAGCCCGCCCUACCAGCCUUUCAGGCAGCGAGGCAGCAGUAAUUGGGGUUUUGAAAGCUUUCAUCAGAAGGUUGUGGGCGGAAGCUGUCCCGGGUUUGCUCUGAGCUUCUUGAGGCUUCUCAGCUUCAGAUGCAAAGCGAGUGGGUGUCUCUUUGAGAAGCAGAAAGAGGGAAAGAAAGAACGAAAGAGAGGUGUUUCCCUGGGUUCUGGAAACUCUAUAAAGAGAGAGCCGGCUCCUUUCUCUCGAGCAGUCAGAAACAGGAGUCCCAUCCUUGACACCCGGGACUCCCCAGGAUUGACAAGGCGGAAAAACCCUUGGCUGGGCGCUGGCCCGAGGCACUGGCUGCCAUGCAGCAGCCCUUGAAUUACCCAUACCCCCAGAUUUUCUGGGUGGACAGCAGUGCCAGCUCUCCCUGGGCCUCUCCAGGGUCAGUCUUCCCCUGUCCGUCCUCUGUGCCAGGAAGGCCGGGGCAAAGGAGGCCACCACCACUACCACCACCUCUGAAGAAGAGGAGGGACCACAACACAGGCCUGUGUCUCCUUGUGAUGUUUUUCAUGGUUCUGGUGGCCCUGGUUGGAUUGGGGAUGGGACUAUUUCAGCUCUUCCACCUGCAGAAGGAACUGGCCGAACUCAGAGAGUCCACCAGCCAAAGGCAUACAGAAUCAUCUUUGGAGAAGCAAAUAGGUCACCCCAAUCCAUCCUCUAAGAAAACGGAGCUGAGAAAGGCAGCCCAUUUAACAGGCAAGCCCAACUCAAGAUCCAUCCCUCUGGAAUGGGAAGACACUUAUGGAAUUGCCCUGGUUUCUGGGGUGAAGUAUAAGAAGGGCAGCCUUGUGAUCAAUGAAACUGGGCUGUAUUUUGUGUAUUCCAAAGUGUACUUCCGGGGUCAGUCCUGCAACAACCAGCCCCUGAACCACAAGGUCUACACGAGGAACUUUAGGUACCCCCAGGACCUGGUGCUCAUGGAGGGGAAGAUGAUGAACUACUGCACUACUGGCCAGAUGUGGGCCCGCAGCAGCUACCUGGGGGCUGUGUUCAAUCUCACCAAUGCUGACCAUUUAUAUGUCAAUGUAUCUGAGCUCUCUCUGGUCAAUUUUGAGGAAUCUAAGACAUUUUUUGGCUUAUAUAAGCUCUAAGAAAAGCACUUUGGGAGUCUCUCCAUUAUGGUUUCUUGUUAUAGGCACUGAGAAUGUUGUCUUGAAUGAGGGUCUUCUUAAGUCCACUUGAGGUCAAGAGAGAAGACAUGAACCAAGAGGAUCUUGAGACCACAGGGUCCAGCAGUUCUACAGUUCCUUAUCUCACCUAAGGUCCACGAGCCAGACAGGAGGAAGACUAGGAGUAAUGAACAUGAAACUCUGGGCUGCCAUGUGAAGAUGCAGAGGCAGGGAAAAGCAGCUACCAGGGUGUUGUACACUCAUCUUAAGUGGCCUAGCACACUUUGGUACACUGAAAAUGACACCUUUCAACUCACCUCUUGGGGUGGGUCUACUGUCUACCUCAGGGGAGGCUGUCUUUCACGUAUAUGGAUGCAACAUGAAUGUAUAAGGGGUGGGAAAAGAGGACUAGGCUUACAUGAUAAGCUAAAGAGACUAAAAGGCCAGUGUCCCACUGGCAGCAUCUUUACUUCUAAAUGCAUAGCCUGAGCCAUCAGGUGAUGCUAACAGAGAAGCAAGGGAGAUCUUUUGAGGACUCAGUCCAUUCCCUAUAUAGCAUGUAUAUUUCCAGUGCAAUUGUAGGGGUGUGUGUGUGUGUGUGUGUGUGUGUGUGUGUGUGUGCGUGUGCGUGUGCACGCAUGACUAGAAGAGUUGCAUAAGUAGAGAGAACGUGGAGAUUGGGAAGGACAUGUUAGGAAAAUAUUGGUUGCAUUUGGUGGUAGAUUUUGAAUGCUUUUUGGGCAACCAACUCUAAUAGUUCUCAAAACUCUUUGAUUGUCAGUUAUUAAAGCUGUUUUCCCAUAAUGUAACUAAUAUUUAUAUAUAUUUUGUGCAUUUUUAAUGAACAGAAUACAUGUAACAAAAACUAUUUUAGAAUACAGAUAAACAUUGAGUGUCCUUUUUGGAAAUCACUAAGAUCUGGAUUUUUUCCUUAUUAUUUCUUUCUUCCAUGGCUUCCUCAUUCAUUAUGACUUAAGCCCACUUUAAGAAGAAUUUACUAGGGUGAGAAGAGCUGUGAGGCAAAUCUUUGCAUCUUUGCCAGGCUCUCCUCUCCUCACUAUAUUCUCUUUCCCCUCCAUCUCCCACUAUCCAGAGUUUCCAUUACCAAUAUUAUUGCCAGUGUUAAGCUCACCCAACUUCCCAUAGAUCUGAUGACAAUUUGUCUUUUCCUGGGGGCAGAGAUGUGGCAUAGUGGAAAGGGCACAGACUUUGGACUAAAAAACCUGAAUUUGAAUCUUUGUUCCUCUACUUACUAACUAUGCAAUCACUGGGCAGAUCACUUGACUUUUUUGGACAAAAAGGGGCUGAUAUGUACUUAUAGUGUCUAACACAUCGUAGAAUGUCAAACAAUAGUGUCUGCCAUUAUUAAUAAGCCAAUCUAUGGGAGGCACUUCAUUCUCUAGAAGAACUCACUGAUCUGAGGGAUCCAUUCAAACACCUGGUUUCUUGCCUUCUCCCCUUGGUCUCACAAUAACCUUUUCCUAUUUUCUCCAAAUGCUCAUUACCAUGACUUCUCCCUAGACUUUGUCAUCAUUAAAAAUAACAACAUCUCCUCUGGAAUUUGAUUUCAGACACCUUAUUUUCACAACAUCAUGUCCUUUUUCCAACUCAGCUGGUCCAACAUUUUCUCUCCUAAAAAUAUGUAUAUAUAUUUUACUGUGUUGUGACAUCUACUUAAUAAAUGCUAUCAUCUUAUAUAUCCAUCAGCUCCUUCUCUAUCUUCACUCUUUUCUCUGUCCAGCUUAGGUUCCACGAUCUGUCGUUACAAUCAGUACCUUGGAAAGACCCUGAUCUGUUAUCAUCCCUGUUUUCCUCUUGUAAAAAUCCCAUUCUCUUUAUGCUGGCAUCCUAGCAGCCGGAUGUUGCUGGAGAAAAAUGACACAAACCGAUUGACUAUUUUUAUUUUUAUCUAUCAUCUACUUAAGUCAUCCAAUCAAUUUUUUUAAAUACAUUUAUUUAUUUAUUUUUGGCUGCGUUGGGUCUUCGUUGCUGUGCGCAGGCUUUCUCUAGUUGCGGAGAGCGGGGGCUACUCUUCGUUGCGGUGCCCGGGCUUCUCAUUGCGGUGGCUUCUCUUGUUGCGGAGCACGAGCUCUAGGCGCGCGGGCUUCAGUAGUUGCAGCACACGGGCUCAGUAGUUGUGGCUCGCGGGCUCUAGAGCGCAGGCUCAGUAGUUGUGGCGCACGUGCUUAGUUGCUCCGUGGCAUGUGGGAUCUUCCCAGACCAGGGCUCGAACCCGUGUCCCCUGCAUUGCCAGGCAGACUGUCAACCACUGCACCACCAGGGAAGGCCAAAUCAAUUAUUUAUCAGUGAAUUAUUUCUGUCUUUUGAUAGAUUUGAAUAGAUAAUACAUGCACAUAGCACAAAUUUUAAAAGGUACACAAAGAUAUAGGAUGAAAAUAAGUCCUCUUCUCAUCCUGUCCUGUGGCUCCAUCUCUGCCCACAAGGAGGAUCACUGUCUCCUUCUGUAGCUUUUCCGAGAUGAUCUAUACAUAAAUAUGACAUCACUUUACAUCAGGGUUUUCCAACCUCGGUUCUAUUGACGUUAUGAGCUGGACAAAUCUUUGUUGUGAGGGCUGUCCUGCCCGUGCAUUGUCAUAUGUUUAGCAGUAACCCUGCCCUCUACCAACUAGAUGCCAGUAGCAUGCCCCUGCCCCCAUGUGUGAUAACCAAAAAUAUCACCAAAUAUUGCCAAAUGUCCCCGGGCUGAAGGUGAGGAGACAAAAUCACUCCUGGCUGAGAACCACUGCUUUACAUUAGUGAUCACAGAUUUCAAAUAGGCAUUCAACACAGCCCAGCACUUUUUCUUCAGUUCCCUAGUAAGCAUGUUUUUUUCACUGUUUGAGACAACUACAUCAUGUCUUUUCCUUUUAUAAACCAACCUCAUCCCCUCCUCCCACCAUGGAACCUCACUUUUACCACCAAAACACAAACCCACUUGUGUCUGAAUGAUCUCUUUCUUCCAUCUGAUACAGUGGAGGAAGAGGACCUUCUGUGUGCACUAAUUUCCUCUUCCCUACUUUACCUGUUUAAAAAUUUUCUUCUUUCUUCUAAAUCUUCAAACUAGCUCUAUGAAAUAAUUUCCACCAGCAUGUACAUAUAGUCAAGUAUCCCCUGUCACUGAAAGAUAAACCAAACCAAACUAAACCAAAAAAAAAACCCAAACCUUUCUUUAGCCUUCUUCUUCCUCCAGAAAUGGCUGCAUUUCUCAUUUUCCGCAUAGAGACAAACAUCUGAGAAGGUUUUCUCCACACACAUGGGCUCCAUUUUUUAAGCCAGGAAUCUGCCUGUUAUUUAUUUAACCACUUAAAAUUAUCUGGGUUUUUUUUUUUUUUUCUGCUAGAAAAAAAUUUCUAAAAGCAAGACCUUUUCUGCCUUGUUUACCACUGUAUUCACAUUACCUAACCCAGUGCCUGGCACAUAUUAGGUGCUCAAUAAAUAUUUGUUGCCUAAAUAACUUUCAUUAUAAGGCAAAAGUCUUUCAAUGGGUAUGUUUUUCAGAGUAGUGAAUCUAUAGUUGUGUUGCCUCAGGGACGUGUGUGCUUGUUUAUCUAGCUUUGACUAGAUUAUUCAAUGGGAGUUUGAGGCUACAGAUGAAAAAAAAUAGUGCACCCUAAUUCAUAGAAUUAGAAAACAAGAAAGAUCUAUUUGGUCGUUGGCAUUACCAGGAGC